AUGCUCCACAACACGUUACUUCAUCGGCAAAUUCAAAAAUCUCAAGCAGUUAACAAGAGUCAGUGGGGUGAUAAAAAAACCUCAAGCAACACUCCACACCAAGUAAACCAGGUAGUCAAUAACGCAGCUGCAGAAACUCAUUUCCAGAAACGCCACGUAUAUUUGGCAACAGCAGUGGUCAAUGUGAUAUCGUCCUGUGGUGUUCGCGUCCCAUGCAGAGCUCUUCUUGAUUCUGGAUCCCAAUUAAACUUUGUGACAACAUCGCUUAUUCAACAGUUGGGAAUUAAGAAGUAUCGCAAGGAUACUCCUAUCAGCGGAAUAGGUGCACAAGAAUGCAGGUCGGAGUUUGUGGCAUCAAUUACAUUCGAGUCGCGUACCUCGGCGUAUAAAGCAAUCAUUGAAACGAACCUCAUGUCUCGCAUUAGUGACUACCAGGCCAGCCAGGAAAUUGACAUAUCCUUGUGGAAAAUUCCCAAUGACAUCCAGCUCGCAGAUCCUUCAUUCUGCAAAUCUAAUCAAAUUGACAUGCUGUUGGGAGCUGAACUUUUCUUUGAUUUGUUUAUGCCUGGAGAAUACAGGAUUUCAAGAGAUCUACCAACUUUACGUAAUACAAAGUUAGGUUGGGUUGUUGCGGGAAGCGCUUCAGCUUCAAAUUCAAGUUCUCAUUGCCAUAUUGUAACAAAGCCAUCGUUGACGUCAUUGGACAAACUUGUUCGAUCAUUCUUUGAAACAGAAAGCCAUGAUAUUCCCAUUACUACUGAGAGUGAGGAAGAACACCAGUGCGAAGAAUAUUUCAAGAAGUACACAACAUUAAAUUCUGAAGGUAAAUUUGUUGUUAAAUUACCAUUUAAAGAGAAUCCUAUCAUAUCUUUAGGGGACUCCCUGUCAUCAGCACGAAAAAGGUUUCUUUCAUUGGAAAACAAAUUGAACAAGGAUAAAGAACUUAAAAAAUCUUACAUCAGCUUCAUGCAAGAAUAUGAAGCAUUAGGUCACAUGACACCAUUAAAAAAGGGUAGCAUUCCAAGGGUACACUACGUCAUACCUCAUCAUUGCGUCAUGAAACCCGAAAGUUCAUCAACAAAAUUGAGGGUAGUUUUUGAUGCAUCAGCCAAAACAACUUCUGGCCGUUCACUUAAUGAUAUACUUAUGGUGGGGCCAACAGUUCAACCGGAUCUAUUUUCAAUAGUUCUUAAAUUCAGGAUGCACCGAUAUGUGUUUACCGCAGAUAUAACCAAGAUGUAUCGCCAGGUUUUAUUGUCAGAAGAAGAUCAAGCCUUCCAACUUAUUUUUUGGAGAUCAAAAACCGAUAUGCCAUUGCAACUUUAUAAAUUAAAUACCGUAACCUAUGGCACAGCACCUGCAUCCUAUUUAGCAACUAGAUGUCUUGUAAAAAUAGCUGAUGACAAACAAGACAAAUUUUAUAGAGCUUCACAAGCCGUUAAAAACAAUUUUUACGUAGAUGAUUGUUUGGCCGGUGCAGACAACAUUGAUGACGCUCAUGAGUUACUCAACGAGAUUAUUUCCUUACUCAAGACAGGUAACUUUGAAUUAAAAAAGUUUUGUGCCAAUAAUCCCAUGAUUUUAAAAGAAAUUUCUGAAGACGAUAAAGAGAAAUUAGUAACAUUCCAUCAGUCUGAGAUUAUUAAAACUUUAGGAUUAAUAUGGGAUCCUUCACAAGAUGUUUUCAAAUUCUGCUUUAAUGACGAAAAGAUAAGUAAAAUUAACACACAAAUAACUAAACGAACAGUUUUGGCCGAUCUUGCAAGACUUUUCGAUCCUCUUGGUUUACUCGGACCAGUAAUAGUGAUUGGUAAGCUAUUCUUACAAGAGUUAUGGAAGUUAAACAUGACUUGGGAUGAUAAGCUUCAUAUUGAAAAGGCUCAAAAGUGGAUAAAUUACAUUUGCCAGUUUUCAGAUUUGAGUAAGUUAAAUAUUCCACGAUAUGUCCUUCGUCCUUCCGCCAAAACAAUUGAGCUUCAUGCCUUUUCGGAUAGCAGUUUAAAUACAUUCGGAUCAUGCGUGUACUUAAGAUCAGUUGAUGAAAACAACUAA